UGUAAUUCUACCUAAAUUUUAUUGCUUUUUAAAGUAAAAAACAGGAGUUUGUUUUAAUGGAGUUGAAUUUGACGCCUAUAUCAAUUACUAAGCAAAAGCAAGAUCCUGCCUGGAACCAUUGUGAAGCGUUUAAAAAUGGGGAAAGAUUACAAAUUAAGUGUAUGUAUUGUGGCAAAAUGUUUAAAGGGGGUGGGAUUCAUAGGUUUAAGGAACAUCUUGCCGGUCGAAAAGGUCAGGGUCCAAUUUGUGAACAAGUUCCACCUGGGGUUCGGGCUCUUAUGCAAGAAAGCUUAAACGGGGUUUUACUGAAACAAGACAACAAGCAAAAUGCAAUUCCCGAAUUAUUAGCCUGCGGUGGUAGUAGUCCACACGCCGGUGAGAUAGACAAAUCUGCCUACUCUGAUGAUGUGAACAAUGGGGUCAAACCCAUUCAAGUUUUGAACUCUUUGGAACCUGAUUCUAGUUUAGUGUUGAAUGGGAAAGGAGAAGUUAGUCAGGGAAUUAGAGAUAGUAGAAAAAGAGGAAGAGAUAGAAGUUUGUUAGCAAAUAGUCAUUCUUGUGCCAAAAGUGAUCUUGCAUUGGUUUCAAUAGGGGCAGAGAAUCCGGUUCAUAUGGCCAUAGGGCGAUUUUUGUAUGAUAUUGGAGUGAACUUGGAUGCGGUUAACUCGGUUUAUUUUCAACCAAUGAUUGAUGCUAUUGCUUCCACGGGAUCAGGGAUUGUACCACCCUCCUCUCAAGACCUUCGAGGGUGGAUAUUGAAGAAUGUGAUGGAAGAAGUGAAGGAUGAUAUUGAUCGAAACAAAACAAUGUGGGGGAAGACAGGGUGUUCUAUUCUAGUUGAGCAAUGGAGCCCAAAAAGUGGCCGAACUUUGUUAAGUUUUUUGGUUUAUUGUCCUCAAGCAACUGUGUUUUUGAAAUCAGUGGAUGCAUCCCGUGUUAUUUUUUCUGCAGAUCAUCUGAAUGAAUUGCUUAAGCAGGUAGUUGAAGAAGUAGGAGUCGAGAAUGUUGUGCAAGUAAUCACUAAUUGUGAAGAACAAUAUUUUUUAGCUGGGAAAAGGUUGAUGGAGUCAUUUCCUUCCCUUUAUUGGGCUCCUUGCUUGGUUCAUUGUGUGGAUAUGAUGCUUGAGGAUUUUGCUAACCUUGAGUGGAUAAGUGAAACAAUUGAACAAGCUAAAUCUGUCACAAGAUUUGUCUACAAUCAUAGUGUCGUUCUGAAUAUGAUGAGAAGAUUUACUUUUCACAAUGACAUUGUGGAACCAGCAGUUACUCGUUUUGCUUCAAACUUUGCAACGUUGAAAAGAAUGGCUGAUCUUAAGCUAAAAUUGCAGGCCAUGGUUAAUUCUCAAGAUUGGUCGGAAUGCCCAUAUGCAAAGAAGCCAGGGGGUGUAGUGAUGUUAGAUAUUGUUAAAAAUAGGUCAUUUUGGAAUUCAUGCAUCUUAAUUGUGCGAUUAAUAUAUCCCCUCUUGCAAGUUCUAGAAAUAGUUGGUAGCAAGAAGAGAUCUACAAUGGGAUACGUUUAUGCUGGAAUUUACCGAGCAAAAGAAACAAUUAAGAAAGAACUUGUCAAGAAAGACGAUUAUAUGGUCUACUGGAAUAUUAUAGAUCAUAGAUGGGAACAACAGCGACAUAUUCCUCUUUAUGCUGCAGCUUUCUUCCUUAACCCCAAGUUUUUCUACAGUAUUGAGGGAAAUAUACACAAUGAUAUCCUGUCAUCAAUGUUUGAUUGCAUAGAGAGAUUGGUUCCUGAUACAAACGUCCAGGACCAAAUUGUCAGAGAAAUACAUUUAUAUAAAAAUGCUACUGGAGAUUUGGGAAGGCCGAUGGCAGUUAGAGCCAGAGACAAUUUGCUUCCUGGUGAAUGGUGGUCUAUGUAUGGUGGAGGUUGCCCAAAUUUGCAACAUUUGGCCAUCCGCAUUCUUAGUCAAACUUGCAGCUCAAUUGGGUCCAAGCCAAAUAAGAUUUCUAUUGAAGAAAUACAUGACACAAGGAAUUUUCUUGAGCAUCAAAGACUUAGUGAUCUUGUCUAUGUUCGAUACAACUUGUACCUGAGACAAAUGGUUCUUAGAAGCCAAGACAAGGAUUCUGCGGACCCCCUCUCAUUCAACAGCAAAGAAAUUGGUGAUGACUGGAUUGCUUAUAAUGCAGUAUGUGAAGAAGAUUAUGGGAGUUCAGAUUGGAUGUCACUUGAUCCCCCGGUUGGUAGCAGAAUGCUUUCAGGAACCUCAGGUGAUGAAACUGAAGACUUCUUGGGUACAGGGUUUGCGGAUUUAGAGAUUUUUAAUGGAUUGAAGGGGGUGGAGGACAUUUGAAAAUACGGUGGUCCAGCAGAAACUGGUUAAAUUGGAGAAUCCAUUUUCACAUGAGGUAGGCAGUUUAAAACGAUUUCUCCAUUUGAAGAAUUUAUGAUUGUGGCUGGUAAUGCCAUAGCAUUCUGGGUAAGAAACAUGUUAGACAAAGGAGGAGAAAGUGAAAAAAGUUGACUCUGGUGAUGGGGGAAUGAAUUCAUGGUGUAGGUUUAGGAAAUUUUGCUCCCUGUAAGGUUGAAAUUCCUAUUGAGGCUCUGCUCUCGCCAACAUACUGAGGGAGCAAAGCUGUACUGUGUUCAAUGUUCAUACUUGAGAAAAGGGAAUUUACCUCAUUAUAAAA